AUGUCUUUUUUUACUCGCGUCUUUCGGAGUAAAGACUCCAGCGCUACAAAGAAAUCUGCAAAAUCGAUCGCGUCGGACAGAAAUGGUCCCGCGAAGCCUACAUGGACAGAUGCGUGGCAGCGCACAGAUGUCGCUCCAGAAGAGGUCCAGCACCUCGUACGAGCCUGUACUCAAGCAUUGAAGGAACGAGGACUGCAAACCCCCUUCAUGCUCCUCCCGUUCCGACCAAGCUCCGAUACUACCAUCACCACGCGUAGUUUUGUUCGCAAUUACUUCAAUCAAUCGCUGAAGAGGGGAUCCCCAUACGCGGGCGAUGAAUUGGCGCAAGAACUCCGUCUGACGGACCCGAUGGUCCUCUGUAGUGUGUUGAAAUGGUGCUGGAGCAGACUUCCCGGAGGAGUGGUCACCUGGGAUGCUUAUGAGCUUUUUAAGGUUGGCGAACAAGAUGCGCAAUUCGCUCGCGAUGCGUUUUCCACCUUCAUUCCCAUCAGUAUUGACUCCGAUGCCCGAACCAAGAUCAUCCUCGACUUCUUUGAUCUCCUGGCGGCGAUCGCUGCUCACGCUAAAUCCAACGGCCUCGGAGGGCGAAAGCUUUCUCGGUAUGCUGGAUGGUGGGCGUUUGAACACUCUGAUACGGGGAAUGGCUUUGAAAUGGCCUACAAGAACUGGGCAAGUGCUGCGGAUGCAACCAGUCAUUUGUUCUUCGCCUACCUACGUUCUCUGUCGCCCGACGCCACCCGCGGCAUGAGCAGCAUCUCUACCCUCCCCAUCGCUCUGCAGUCUCUCAUCCAAGCAACAGAGUACCCCCCAGAAACCCCAGCGCUGCUGCAGGUCUCUACCACCAAGGUGGUUAUGAUUGUCGACACUGUCUCUCCCACUCCAUUCGCUCUCCUACGUCGCGCAAAGAAUUUCGAAUACAGGGAUAGCGAUCAUCAUCUACAGGAGUUCGCUGGCUAUGAAGACCCGCUCCGUGCCCUUACUGACGAGUGUGUGCGCGUGCUCAGAUGUAUUUCCUCAGCCAAUCAGUCGAACCUUGUGGACUCCGUGGUACCGAAUCGGGAUGAGUCCUGGUCCAGGUUCGAGGACUUGGGAUUUGGAGGCUCACUCGAGCCCACUAUGGAAGAAGACGCCAGCAUCCCCAACCCUGCCCGAAAGGAGUUUGGAGGUAGUUUGAGGUCUGUGCCUCACUCCGGUGGGGGUGACCUUGGUCGUCCCACCACACCAUCGUGGGCCGACUUCAUGUCGUCUGGCUUCAGUGAUGAGAAUACUUCCCCAACCCCCGUGGUUCCUCUGCUCCUUCCACCGGACAAGGUGCUUCCCCCAAUUCCUACCGUCCGGGGACAAAGCUCCCAGUCUCACAAGCGUGGCCUGAACGACGAACAGUCGAUUGACCCCGGCGAGCUAGCGAGCAUCACCACCCUUGAUCUAGAUGACUCCUUCUGGUGGGUUUGGAUCAGCAGCUUGGCGGCUGAGGAACCUGCCUCCCGUAAGGCAGUAUUUGGACGAUGUGCGUUGCUCGAAACGAUCAUUCGAAAUGCGAAGUGGUUGGUUCUUGAGGAGCAGGUUAAGGGUGCGGCACCCGAGCCUGAACCUGGUGCGUAUAUUGUGGAAAAGAAGCGAUUCUUCGGGUUCUCAACCCGCAGGGGUAUGCUUAGCCGCCGCAAAUCAUCUGCGAAGAAGGUCACCGACGUCGAGGAGGCGUACAAGCGACCCAACAACCAAGCCCCGCAAAGCAAAACCAGCAUCGCUCCCGACCAGCAUGCCCGGAUUCAAGCCGCGGCCGCUGCCCUCCAGAAAAGACAUAGGGAGGAACAGGAACUCGUCAACGGUAGCAAGUCUCCUGCAGUCGAAGACCGAGCACACUCAACCAAGACCAAUUCUGUCAUGACCUUGCAACCGUCUAUUAUGAACGAGGCGUCCCAUGCUUUGCAAUGGGCGAGCAACUACGACAAGAACGCCUACAGAACUGCUUAUUUGAAAGACAAUCGUGCAGGUACUGGUGCUAUUCAAGAAGAGCCCAAGGAAUUCCCCAGCGACAAGCCGAGUCCUCCAUCCUCCUCGCCAGCGACCACGACGACUCGUCAACCACCUCCCCUGUCGAAAGACGUGCCUGCCAGCUUCUCCACAACGCCCGCUCCGACUGUGGAAGCGCCCGCAGAAAAGCAAACUAACGGGCAUGGUAGUGCCGGUGCCGCCAAGCGCACUGAACAAGUGGCUGUAGAAGCGCCUCCUAAGGACUCCCCAGACUCGGAGGAAUCCAAUAAAUUAAAGAAGAAGCCCGCCCCAAUGAAGCCAACGGGAGCUGAGCGCUCGGCAGUUGCGGCUGCUCGUGCCGCGCUCGAGGACAAAGCCAAGGCCGCACAGGAGCCGCCCACUCGCAAUGGCUCUGCAAUUCUGAAAAAGAAGCCUGCACCCAAGGUUGACGCCGAGGAAACUCCUGCCUCUGAGCCUCGACCUGUUGAAUCCCCAGCCCAUUCUCCUCAGGCCAUGAACGAUCACCCCAAGAUUCGCCGUGAGGCCGAGUACGACGCUCUUUCUCGCGUAAACACCAAUGAGCAGGUCGCAGCGGACAGCGAGUUUUCGAGGUUUGACCAGGGCCCACUUCUUGAACAGCCAGCCUUCGUUCCGGAAGACUCGCCUGUUAAGGAGAUUUUCCUUGAAAAGCCGGUGGCCCCCGUUCCUGAGGAGAAGGUCGAACCUAACUCUUCUCCAAGGGCCCUAAACCCCUCUCAGGACCGCUGGGCGCAGAUCCGAAAGAACGCUGCUGACAGGGCGGCCCUGGCCGAACAACGCUCUAGCACGGCUGAUGAGGACGGUAACACUAGCGAAGAAGAGAGCUUCGAAACGCGUGCGGCCCGUAUCAAGGCUAGGGUGGCCGAACUGACUGGAAACAUGCAGGCUGCCAGCCGGCCUUGAUCUCGCCCGGCCACAAUGUCUUCCUCGACUCUUGUUUUUUUUUUUUUUUUUUUUUUUUCCCUCUGAUAGUUUGAUCCCUGUAUUUGCUGAGUUUUGAUUUUGUAUAGCUUUAUUCCCCUUGAUGUGCUGAUUUGUUGUCAUUUAUUGCAACUUGUUUUAAUCCUUGUUGAUCACUUGAGUGGUUCAAGUCUUAUUGUUACAGCGAAGCACGAGAGGCCACGCCGUGACGCCGCGUUCAUUAUGAUUUAUUAUAAUAAUAUUCUUCAUCUGCAGCCGUCGACUGACACGAAGCGAUACAGCAGCUUUUUUUAUUUUAUUUUCUUCAUUUUCGCCUGCAAUUUUUAUAUUCCCCUGUC